AUGUGUGCGCGCGUAUGUGUGUGUAUGCGUUAGUUACGCAUUGUUGACGUGUUCAAGGAAAGAUCCUGGUGAUGAUGAGAGGAAUGAGAUCAACGAGCCUGUUUGUGAUUGCGGAACUUAAACACCCUGAAAAGGCGGACAAAAGAAUUCACGUAGGAGCAGGAAACACGUAUGAGACGGGAUCUCCAGCACAUUUUGAACUACAUUGCACUUUACGUCACGAUUUGACUCAGUUCUCUUUCACUUUAGCCACGAUCUGUUUACUUCGGAAACUUAAUACUGCGGGAAGUCGAAGCGCUGUCCAUUUCCUUCUUGUCAGUUCAGCCAUGAGUGUGUUGUGUUUUCGCCUCUGCGUCUGCGUCGCUCCUCGCAUACUUUCACCUUCGACUCAUUCAGGCGUGUGAACACCUGGAGCAACAGGAUCGCAUCGCCCUUUUGCACAAGUGCAGCUUUCUGUUCUCUAAAUGAAAAGAUGAGAUUCACCGGCUACAUUAGACUGCGCAUCAGGGAGGCUGAGGACCUGAAACCUACCUCUUUCUCCACGCGCCACACUUUCCACAAGAAAUCACAAGAGCUGUAUCCUUACAUCGUGAUCAAAGUGGACAAUUUUAAAGUAGACCAGACAGCCAUCAAACCCAGGACGAACAAUCCUGUCUUCGAUGAAGAAUUCUGCCAUUAUGUAUGCGAGGGCAAAAUGCUCGAACUGGCCGUUUUCCACGACACACCGAUUGGAUAUGAUGACUUCGUGGCGAACUGCACCAUAGAGCUGGAGAGUCUGCUAACAUCAUCCAGCACCAGACAGACGUUUGAGGGAUGGGUUCCCUUAGAACCCGAGGGCAAGGUCUACAUCUCCAUGUCUCUCACAGGAUCCUUCACAGAUGAUGAUGCAAUUGUUAAUGGAUGGAGGACUCAUAAGCAGUUAAGCAGGAAAAGACAGAGGGCUCUUAAAAGGAAAGUGCACCAAGUCAAUGGACACAAGUUCAUGGCCACUUACCUACGACAGCCGACAUUUUGCUGCCACUGCAAAAAGUUUAUAUGGGGAGUAUUUGGAAAGCAGGGUUAUCAGUGUCAAGUAUGCACCUGUGUGGUCCAUAAGAAAUGCCACCAUCUGGUUGUUACUGAGUGUCCAAAGAUGAAGAAGACAGAAAAAGAGGGUCCGAGUCAAGGUUUUAGCAUCAACGUACCUCAUCGAUUUCAUGAGCACAAUUAUAAAGUGCCUACUUACUGUAAUCACUGUGGAUCGCUUCUAUAUGGUCUGUUGAAACAGGGUCUUCAAUGCAAAGGUUGUAAGAUGAACGUGCACAUUCGUUGUGAAAAAAAUGUUGCUCCCAACUGUGGGGUGAACAGUGUGGAGCUGGCUAGCAAGUUGGCAGAGAUGGGCUUGGAGCCAGGUAGACUCAGCACGCGCCAUUCCCAGACAAGCUUGUCCACUGUGAGGACUCCAAAUUCUAGUGUUAGAAGUCUGGGGCAGUCUGAGGUGGCUAACAAGGAUAGUAUCAAGGUGGGGCUUGAGGAUUUUACAUUUCUACAGGUCCUGGGAAAAGGCAGCUUUGGCAAGGUGAUGCUGGCUAGCAUGAACGUUAAUGAACAGGUCUAUGCAGUGAAGGUGCUGAAAAAAGAUGUCAUACUCCAAGACGAUGACGUAGAGUCCACUAUGAUCGAGAAGCGAGUGUUGGCUCUGGCACACAAUCACCCAUACCUCACACACCUGUACUACUGUUUUCAGACUACUGACCGUUUGUUCUUUGUUAUGGAGUUUGUGAAUGGUGGCGACCUCAUGUUUCACAUUCAGAAGUCCCGGAGGUUCCAGGAGGCCCGAGCACAGUUCUAUUCUGCUGAAAUCACAUCAGCUCUUAUGUAUCUCCACUCCAAAGGUAUCAUAUACAGAGACCUGAAACUGGACAACAUACUACUGGACAAAGAUGGCCACUGUAAACUGGCAGACUUUGGAAUGUGCAAGGAAGGGAUGCAUAAUGGAGCCCUGACUGCCACCUUCUGUGGGACACCAGACUACAUUGCUCCCGAAAUCAUCCAAGAGGAACCAUACAGUGUGUCUGUGGACUGGUGGGCUAUGGGAGUCCUGCUGUAUGAGAUGCUUUGUGGACAUGCACCAUUUGAAGCAGAGACAGAGGACGAGUUGUUUGAGUGCAUCCUCAGGGAUGAUGUGAUCUAUUCAUCUUGGCUUAGCAAUGAGGCAGAAGACAUCCUUAAAGGGUUCCUGACCAAAGACCCUUCAAGACGACUGGGCUGUAUAGAGAGGGAUGGAGGGGAGAAGGCAAUCACUUCUCAUCCCUUCUUCAGAGACUUGGACUGGGAGAGGCUUAGGAACCGUGAACUGGAUUCUCCCUUCAAACCACGAAUAAAAUCUUCAGUGGACGUGAACAAUUUUGAUCCUGACUUCACCCAAGAAGAGCCCACACUCACCCCCAUAGAGGAAGCACUGAUCCCCCUGAACCAAGAUGACUUCAAAGACUUCUCAUACACAGCUCCUGAGUGUCUGCAUGUUUAACCCACAAAUGUGUUUGGUGCUUAUUUACUCUUAGGGUCAUACAUGAACAAUCUUGCUAAAACAUUUAGUCUUACAAACAUUGACAAUGUCUACUGAAAUCUGACAGAGUGAAUCUUUGCACAGUUUGAUUCACUGCUGUCCAAACACACCACAACACAUAGACCAUAUUUUAGUUUUAAUCCUGGAAUCAUCUUGGAGUGCACAUUUAAUACUGUGAUUUUCAAUCCUAUUCCUUUAACAGCACAAUUUUGCAUUUCCUCUACUUUGACAUGAUUACGUUUAUUAAUUAAAAAUAUCUUAAUUACCCAAAUCAGUUUUGUAACGCUUUGGAAAAACUUAAAAUAAUUUUCAGUGCCAAGUUCCCAAGAGUUGGCUGGUUUAGCAUUUUUCUUGUUGGAACAAGCCUGAAGCAACUCUUAGAGAAUGAGCCGAAGAGUUUAUUAUCACGGUAUGUUUUCACUUCUAUAAAACACAUCAUUAAUCCAGGAUGGUUGCUUGGAAACCGACUAAGCACAAAGACAUUGCUCUCUGAGAUUCAUUGUAAUGGCUUUGAAUUGCAGUGAAAGCUCUACAUGAGCACUUGCGUAGUUGUUUUCAUGCUUAUGUUGCAUUUUUUUUUUUACAGCUAGCAACAUGCAGCAUGAGUCUGGGUUGGAAGUAGAUUGAACUCAUAUGUAAUGUACAGUAUAUUAAAACUGGCAUCUUGCUUCUACAUGUUCAUAAAUGUCUUAGUACACUGCAUACAUAUAAAGUGAACUGUGCACUUACUGUAAACACAAGAAUGGGUAUGCUUCCUUAUUUUGGUUAUGAGGGUAGCACUGUAUAUGUUAACUGGAGAAAGCUUGUUAUAAACUGACUGAAAAGCUUGGAUAUUUUCUAUACACUGAUAUGAUGAGACUCAUCAAGUGAUCCAAGUUGUAAACAGACCAAAUAAUGUAAUAAAUGUUGUCUUUUUUUAAUCUA